AUGUUGCUCUCGAGUGUUGUUCUGGCGGCCUUUGUUGCCACAGCCAAUGCUUUGGACCUUCAAGUCGCUGCUAGUGGUGGUAAUGCUACAUCUCCUCUGCAGUAUGGAUUGAUGUUCGAGGUACUACUUUCUGCCUAUACGGUUCUUGAAUAUCGACUGAUCAUUGCAGNNGACAUCAACUUCUCGGGAGACGGCGGCCUCUAUGCUGAGCUCAUCCGUAACAGAGCAUUCCAAGGCAGCACUGUGCAUCCAUCAAGCCUUCUCGCUUACAGCUCUGUGNGGGGCUCAUCUCUGUCGCUGAAGAACUUGUCUCAGCCCAUCUCCAGCGCUCUUCCUACCUCCAUGAAUGUUGCUACUGCCGAUGCCACCAGCAACGAGGUCGGUUUUUCGAACACUGGAUACUGGGGCAUUGGUGUCCAAGUCCAAGAUUACACUGGCUCCUUCUGGGUCAAGGGAUCAUAUGCUGGAAAAUUCACCACCUCGUUGAAGUCUGACAUCAACAACGAGACUUUUGCUACCGCACAGGUCCAGUCGCACGCCUCUCCCAACGAGUGGGUACAGCACAACUAUACCCUCACCCCUACCUCUACAGCACCAAACUCAAACAACUCGUUCUACCUUACUUUCGACAAGUCUGGGGUGUCUGGCGGCUCGCUAGACUUCACUCUUAUCAGUCUGUUCCCUCCUACCUACAAGAACAGAGCCAAUGGUCUGCGUGUGGACCUCGCCGAAGCCUUGAAGGCGCUGAAUGGAAAGUUUCUUCGAUUCCCCGGAGGCAACAACCUCGAAGGAGAUGAUCCGCCGUAUUUAUGGAAGUGGAAUGAGACCAUCGGCCCUCUUAAGGACAGACCUGGUAGAGCUGGCACUUGGGGCUNNGUGAACGAAAACACGGAUGGACUUGGUCUCAUUGAGUAUCUACACUGGUGUGAGGAUCUCGAGCUUGAGCCUAUACUUGCUGUAUGGGAUGGAUUUUACCUCAGUGGCCCGGUCACCCCUCAGGACCAGCUUGAACCGUUUAUUCAAUUUGCUCUGGAUGAGUUGGAAUUCCUGAUGGGCUCGACUAGCACCAAGUACGGAGCUCUGAGAGCAUCGUUGGGAUACCCUCAGCCAUUCCAGAUCAACUACGUCGAGAUUGGCAACGAAGAUAACCUCGGCGGCGGUAAUGCCAGUUACUCUGCGUACCGUCUACCCAUGUUCACCAGCGCCAUCAAGGCAGUCUACCCUGACAUCACCAUCAUCGCGUCUACUCCCACUGUCGACCCCAUCCCUGACCACAUUUCCCUCGACUACCACGAAUAUUCCAGACCCGACAACUUUGUUAGAGAGUUCAACUUGUUUGAUCAUUACAACAGAAGCCAUCCCAUCUUGAUCGUAGACUGGAGCUCCAACAGAGAAAGACUGGCCUUCCCAUCCUGGGAGGGCAGUGUUGCCGAAGCCGUCUUCCUGCUCGGAGCCGAACGCAACUCGGACAUGAUCAUUGGCGCCUCGUAUGCACCAACACUGCAAAACCUGAACAGCUACCAGUGGACACCCGACAUGAUCAGCUUCACUGCCGAUCCCACAAAGGACGUCCUGUCGACUUCGUGGCACAUGCUCAAUCUCAUGGCUAACCACAUUGUAACUGAGACUCUGCCUAUCACUGGCGGCAACUUUGGACCUGCAUACUAUGUGGCUGGAUACAACAACCAAACGGGAUCGCACAUGCUCAAGACGGCCGUGUACAAUGCUACUAGCGAUGUCCCUGUCUCGGUGUCGUUCAAGGGCGUGUCUGCAGGCACCAAGGCCACUUUGUCAGUUCUGACUGCACCAAGUCAUGACAGCUACAACGCUCCUGGCAAGGCACAGGUUGUGCAGUCGGCAAACACAACCAUUACAGCAUCUGCUGAUGGCACGUUCAAGUUCGAGCUCCCCAACCUUAGUGUUAGUGUGCUGGAGGUGCAGGGCAGAGCAACGUAUUGGGCAGGCGCAUGGGGCGGCCACCGCGGCUCUUGGGGUCAUGGCGGAUUUGGCGGAUGGACUCCUAGCUUUGGCAGCUGGGGCUGGAACAACUGGAAGGGCACUGGACACAACAAGAGAGACAUCCCCAAGGGCUACAAGGAGGUUGUCUUCUAG